UGUCUUUGUGGUGUAAUGGUAGCCAGGAAUACUGAUUUACCUGUGACUGGACCUUCCAGUUACAGGUGUCUUUAUAUUACAAUCACUUGAAACACAUUCACUGUGAUCCACUUAUUGCGAGACUACCAGCAUCAUUUAGCUGAAACUUUGUUGAAUUAGGAAAGUCACGCCAACAUUACUUUGUAGAAAUCUGUUUUCACUUUAACAUUAAAGAUAAAAAAAUAUAUAUAUAUUAACCUUGAUUGAUUUCUAAAAUCAAUAAAAUGGUAAAACAUCCAAGGGGGUGAAUACUUUUAAAGGCACUACAUGUCAACUGAAUUCAUACUGGGUAAACAAAUGUUAUUCAUUCUUGUAAAUGAGCACACACAAUGAGAACCAACCCUGAAUAAGUCACUGCGAGAUGAGGUUAUCCCAGUCAAAAAAGACUGGCUAUGCCACUGUGAAAUACAGGAAAUAGUAAAAGGCCAAAUACGUCUUUAUAAGUAGGUCAUUAAGUGGAUGAAGGUUGAAUUUAAAGACAAUGAGCCUAAAACAGGUCAAAUGAAAGUAUGAUUAACGCUCAGGUUGCAGUAGCCUACAAAGACGGUUUAUUUUUCUAUUGUAUUUUUGAUCAUGGUGUAAAUAAUAAGCCUCACUUUAAUUACAGAGAAAAGGAUAUGCACUAUAGGCUAUUAUAAUAUAGCAGACACCGUGAUAUGUCACGCUUCUUUGUUGCUCCUGGGUGAAUCAAAGCAUUUAAUGAACUCAUUAGUCGCAGUCACGACCUGCCUGCACGCCUGACUGAGCAGCCUGAGCCGUGUUUAGCUGUCGCUUUAAGACCCAUUUCCCCCCAUUGUCAAACAGUCGUGAGCAGGAAGAGGGAAACGAAAGCAGAGAGAGGCAGAGGGGGCCUGGUGUAUUUAAACACGAUGCUGCUGCUGCUGCUGCACAACAAUAACGGUGAGGAGCGCGUGAACAGCCCGCUCACUUUAACAACCCCGCGCACGAAUUUGUAAUAACUGCUUUUUCCGGAUUGUGUUUUAAUGUCAAGAAAUGUCUUGCCUUUAGGGUGGCUUCUUGAAGAUACAGUGUACUUAACAGACAUGGAGGUGUCACGGCGGGAUAUUGCCUCAGGAAAUGAUGACAGUGUCCUCCAUCACCGCUUAGCUGCUUAGAGCGAUAUUUUCUUGUCUUGCGGCCAUUUCUACAGGACUUCUCCGCCUGUCGGUUUAACAGACACAAAAAAAGACCCAACUGAAGAGUCGACUCGGAAGCUUUGGGAGCAGGUGCAGCGAGGUUUCGGCUUCAGCGUGCCCGCAGGCAGCUUCACAGGUAGCUGCUGAGCUGGCUGUGAGUCUGAAACCUUUUAUAUAGAUACAGCUGGACGUCCUUUUUAAAAGAUGUCAUCCACCAUAGAGAGAAAGACUCUGGAAGCUAAUGAGGAGCCGGUGGAUGAGGUCUUACAGAUGCCCCCGUCUCUGCUGACAUGUGGUGGGUGUCAGCAGAGCAUCGGUGACAGAUUCUUCCUGAAGGCCAUUGAGCAGUACUGGCAUGAGGACUGUCUGAGCUGCGACCUGUGUGGCUGUCGGCUCGGGGAGGUGGGCCGUCGGCUUUACUACAAACUGGGACGAAAACUGUGUCGGAGGGAUUACCUCAGGCUGUUUGGUCAGGAUGGUCUCUGUGCAUCCUGUGAGAAGAGGAUUCGAGCGUUUGAGAUGACAAUGCGUGUGCGGGAUAAGGUUUACCAUCUGGAGUGUUUCAAGUGUGCAGCCUGCCAGAAGCACUUCUGCGUGGGUGACCGCUACCUCCUCAUCAACUCAGACAUUGUGUGUGAGCAGGACAUAUUUGAGUGGACCAAACUCAAUAGCAACAGCAUGGUUUAGCAGAAAAUCUCAUCCAGCACGGGGGGCGGUCACCCUGCCUUUAUACACCGUGGUUUACGAGGGAACAGACCGUUGAAUAGAGAGACCCGUGCUGGCUUAAACAUGCGUCUGAUGUCGGAGUAGAGUUUUUUCAUUCAGAAGGAAACCUGGGUAUUGUUCACUGCUGGAGACCAAUGAAGACUGCACCAGCAAAAACACAAGGCCUUUUAUUGAAAGUGUCAAAUGCAAAAAGCACAGCAAAUACUCCUGAUCAAAUGCAAUAAUGAAAACUGGAUUAUAAGACAUUUUCAAUAGAAAAAAAAGCAAGUGUUUGUUGAAGCUCUUGCAAUUAGAAACUGUUACAUCACUUCAGCUUGGUCUGAAAAGAUUAAUAAGAAUUUUUUUAUGUUAAGAGCAGCUUUUUCCCCAAGAAUAACCUUUCAAGAACUGUUAUUUAUUACUAAUCAUUUAAUUCUAACUCAAUUUAUACUGGCAUUGUAGUUCAUAUAAGUUAAACUGGAUGAAAUUCCUGUGGAGUAAUUUUAAAUUUGCAUACAUGAACAUUUUACCUGCUGUGCUGACUCAGUUAUUUUUUAAAUGAGAAAUUUUCUGACCUGUAAAGUCAAUCAUUCCCAUAUUUGGUUAUUGUAAAAGUAAUACAAAUCUCAUUUUUAAUUUGUCCUGGUCAGGAUGAUUACACUCUAUCACCAGGUUGAACUGGUGGCGCCCUCUAGUGAUGGAGGAAAUUCUUGCAAUAUGAAUUUAGCUGAAUUUUAGGAUGUUUCCAGUGUUUCUUUACAACUGUUUCACAUCUCUGGACUAACACUUGAUGUGAAUUUUUGUACAUUUGCUUGCCAUUUUAUUAAAGUACAAU